GCUUGUGUGUCUUGUGUGAAUAAACUACGUUACCCAGCAUGCCCCGCGGGAAACAUUUUGCGCUGGCACCCCUCAAGAGGUUUCUGCCGCGCACGGAGAAGAGGACCGUGCGGAAUAAAAGUCAAAACUCCAGUAGGGUUUUUUUUUUGUGUGUGUGUGUGUGCGCAUACGAAGAAGAAAAACUUCAUCGGAGAAGUUUCCAUCAUGGAUCUACAUUUAUUAGCGUUUUUAUACAGCUGCCGUAUCUUCAUACCGAGGGUUUUAUAGAAGCAGCGACGGAGAAAAAGCAGCGAUAAGUGCAGGGACGUGAAGCGACGGAGGAAUUAGUAUUUUGUCGGGGCUAAUAACGUUUUAGUGUGGCGAUCUGCUUGCUGUUGUAGCGGAUCUCCCCCCGGGGAAACGAAGGGGAUAUCACAACUUUAACCCACGGUGGAGUGUUUUCUUUUUGCAAAAGGAAGAGUCUCUCCGGCUCGGCUUGGCUAAAGUUGCCCGGCGGUAAGGUGCAGCCACGCCGGGGGGAAAGCACAGCGCGACGGCCGCCACUCCGGCUAGCUCGCCCUGCUGCUUCAGUUUCUGUGGAUCGAGGCCUUGUCGGUGAGGCGACAAUGCUUGACAUAAUGUCCGAGCACCAAGAUUCACUGUUGACGUGCAAAACGGAACCUCUGGCCCCAGAGAGGAAAAAGAGGACUGUAGAGGACUUCAACAAGUUCUGCAGUUUCGUCCUGGCGUACGCUGGCUACAUCCCCAGUCCAAAAGAGGAAAGUUCAUGGUCCCCGACGUCUUCCAGCUCUGCACACAGUUCAGGGUUGUCAGCAGAUGGAGGUGGCGGAGGCAGCAGCUCCGCGGGCAACGCCUGGGCGGACGGGAGCUCCGACAUCCACACCAUCCACACGUUCGUCCGCAAGGCUCGAGCGAACAAGGGCAAAAACAUCCGCCGCAUGCACUCUGAUAGCACUCUGCUGGACAAGAUGCGCCUUAAGGACUCCUUGUACGAGAGCCAGGCCAGCACGAAGGCGGAGCGCAAGAAGGACAAAAAGCUGAAAAAGCUGUCGCUGGGUUCUGCCAUGACGGCGGCAGAUAGCGGCAGCAGCGAAGGCGAGAAACGAGCCCGCAUCAAGCGCAGCAAAAACUCAAAACAGCCCAAACCGAAGAAGCUCAAAAGCUCGACGGCUCAAAGCGAGACAGACUCUGAGGCGCGGCAUACGCACGGCGAGGUACGACCCGUCAGAGACGAGCUGACGGCGCACGGGGGGUCCACCCCGAGCAUGCAGGGCCUGGUGAAGAUGCAGGCGGACGAGUCCAUCAGGGAAGCGGAGAUGAGCUCCAGCGAGGGUGAGACCUGGAUCGCCGACGAAGACAUUAUGGUGGAGUCAGGCGACGAUUCGUGGGACUUGAUCACCUGUUACUGCGGGAAGCCGUUCGCGGGGCGGCCGAUGAUCGAGUGCAACCAGUGCGGCAUUUGGGUGCACUUGUCGUGUGCGAAGAUCAAGAAGUCCAACGUUCCCGACAUCUUUUACUGCCAUAAGUGCAGGGACGUGCGGCGGUCGGGACACAAAAAAGACCCUUAAAGAGACGACGAGGACGGGAGGGAACGCAGAGGGUGGAGCAACCCCCCUCCGCCCUGUUUGUGCUGUCCUCUGACGCUUGUUUUCUUUGAUGCCUACAGCCAAAACAGCCUAAAUUAUCACCUGGAUGGCAACUGUAUUGUCACUUUGUAGGAUUUCUUUUGACAAUCACAACCAUUUUUUUAUUUAUCCCUCACUUUCUUUUUUGUUUGUUUGCUUUCUCUCCUUUUUUUUAUUUUUGGCUACUGUGAAGAACUGGACAGACGGUGACAGUGGAGAAUCGUUUUCUUAAUAAAUAAUUCCUUUAUUAAUUGGCUUUCUUGUUGUAUACUGUGCCGGUGAUGCGCACAUUUCUUUUUUUUUUUUUUUACACAUUGUCAUGCGUCACAUUCACAGAAAGACGCGUUUUGUUUUAUUGUAAAUUAUUUCCCGAGGAUGUCGACAAAUCAGUUCCUUUAAGCGUCUCGAGGAUUUUCAGUUCGAUAAGCGCGUUUUUCCUCUCGACUUUAAAAUCAAUGCAAAGUUUUACACAUCGGGCGAAAUUUCCGGCCUACUUAGAUGGAAAAUGUCACUCCUGUCAUGUGAUGAGGUGGGCAGCUCAUUAUUUCUUAUUUCUGGAUCGUAUUUUUGCGACUGAUUUUUCAAGUUUUUGGCUUUUUUUUUUUUUUGGUUGUCAGUGACGAUCACUGAACUUUAAAAAAAAAACGUAGAGAGCUCACUCCUUUUUCGAAUAGGUGAUCUUUGAAUUCAUACAAUCUGUUUAACAUUUUACUUUUUAUGCAGCUGAAAUUGCAUCUAAAUUGCUACGUUUCAAAUUGCACACGGACAAUUCUUUUGGCAGUGCACUUUUAAAAAAAUAAAAAUAAAGCUGAAUACCUUUUCUUACUGCGUACACGGGCGGUAUUUGGAGCUCCAGCUGAUUUAAAUCUGUACUUAGCAUGUAGCUGUGUACAUUCAUGAUUGAGCGCUUAAUGUUUCUCCCUGUCUGGCUUGUUAAUCAUUGAUGGCCAUUUACCAUGAACAACAUUUACAUUGAACAGCUGUUGAUGUUUUCGUUUCAUGUGUUUCUUUUUUUUUUUUUUUUCUUUCCUCUGUUUUUCAAGUUAAAAACUCAUCUUUAUACCGAGGGGGUAACGUUGCUGUAAGACGAAUGGUUUGGCAGUGCUUUAUCAGAAGUGGCUCCGAGGCUUGUUUAUGAAUGGUUGUAAAAUAUUUGUUUUUGUUUUUUUUCUGUUUCAUGUAAUUGUUUUAUUUCUUAGCUUUCUGAGAAGCGGGAUUUAGAAGAGAUGCGCCCCCGCGUCAGAGAAUGGACGUAAGAUUGUCUCACAUCGAGAACAAAGUUGUAGUGUACAGAGGACAAGUUGAUGCCGCAUAGGUUGUGGCAUUUUUUUGUUUAUGUUGUUCGGUUUUACCAUGUGCUUUUUUUUUUUUUUUCUUUCCUUUUUGUUGGUGGGAGUGUCUUGUUAAGUCUCCAGUAGCAGUUGCACUCUCUCGACAACUUCAAUUUCUGUGUACAUAUCCUGUUCUUUGACAAACUGUACAUAUGUGAAAGUGAAGAGAGAAAA